AAAGGGGCGUGUCCCGGAAGCGCCCCCGCCAUGGCGGCACCCGCCGUGCCCCCCGAGUCGUGGCAGCCCCCGACGGUGGCCAUGGAGACCACGAUGGGUUCCCUGGUGCUGGAGCUGUACUGGCUCCACGCCCCCCGCACGUGCCGGAACUUUGCCGAGCUCAGCCGGCGCGGUUACUACAACGGCACCAAAUUCCACCGCGUCAUCCGGGACUUCAUGGUGCAGGGCGGGGACCCCACGGGCACGGGCCGCGGCGGCGCCUCCAUCUACGGGAAGCAGUUUGAGGAUGAGCUGCACCCCGACCUCAAGUUCACAGGCGCGGGCAUCCUGGCGAUGGCGAACGCGGGGCCGGACACGAACGGCAGCCAGUUCUUCGUGACGCUGGGCCCGGCGCAGUGGCUGGACGGCAAGCACAGCAUCUUCGGCCGCGUGUGCCAGGGCAUGGGCGUGCUGGGCCGCCUGGCCAUGGUGGAGACCAACGCCCAGGACCGGCCCCUGGACGACGUCAAGAUCAUCAAGGCCUAUCCCGUGGGGUAGAGGGGACGCCUUCCCCCUGCACACCCCCAAAAAAUUGUACAGUUGGAAUAAAAGA